AUGGCUGUUACGAGACUACCUCGAGCUGAUGUGCCGUCGUUUGAUGCGGAAAAGCAACACAAGAUUGAUCACGCUGGCAAGAUAAACCGCAAGUCUUUUGAUGGUCUGCUUUGGAGCUUCUUGAUCAUUGCUGUUCUUGCUUGCGGAGCUCGCCUCAUCUUUCGAUUCAAGAAACAGCGCAAGUUCUUCGCCGACGAUGCUUUUGUAUUCUUCUCCACCCUCUGCCUGAUCGCCAACACGGGCGUCAUGUGGCAUGCCGCAGACAAGAUGUACAUGAUCGAAGCUGUCAACUCGGAUCCAACCAUAACAUUCACAGUCCCUGAGCUUAUUCCUCUCCUUGACCUCAACAAGUGGAUCUUCAUCUACUUGGCCCUUGACUGGACUGCAAUCUAUGCGAUCAAGAUGUCCUUUCUCAUUUUCUUUCGCCCACUCAUACGGAACCUGUCAGUAUCUUUGCAUCGGUUUUAUUGGAUUUGUUGGGUCAUCAACGUAGUCGCCUGGAUGUUCGUCGUAGGCGAACCGUUCAUCUUGUGCCCCUAUUUCGGCAUGGAAGCCAUGAAAUGCUAUCCAAAUACGCAGUUCAAAUUGAACUUGGCGAUGAGUAUCCUUACGCUACUUUUGAACAUCACAACUGAUAUAAUGAUCAUUACGAUACCAUUACUGUUGCUGCGCUUGUCUCAAAUGCGAAUUGAGCAGAAAGCGAGUAUAGCAUCUUUCCUCUGCCUAUCCAUCUCGAUGAUCAUCAUCACAAUCAUCCGCUUAGCCGGCGGUCUGCACGAGAGCGUGCGCGGAGAGCGAGAGUUCAGUCUUGUCUGGACACACAUCCUGUUGCACGUCGAAUCUGGUGUCGCUAUACUCAUGGCAUGCUUGGUUGCAUUCCGCACUAUAUUCGCAAAUCAAAUCGCUCAGCUUCGACACGACGAGUCCACUUCAUGGUACCACCGAUUGAUCACUCGCAUAAGGGGCGGUUCGAGUGCGAAGCAGUCCAGGGAGUCUUCCGGUGAACACUCUGUGCAUCCACAUGUUUCAAAGGGCCCUAGCACGCGUAUCACGAUGCAAAGCUUACGCAACUUUAUCCGCGGCGAUUCCGCCAGCCGUGGCAUGACAACUCUCGGAUCCGUUUCGGAUCCCGUUGAACAGUAUCACGAGUUUAUGAGGAACGAUGCGCGUCGAAACGAGAGCGGCAGAUCGACCAAGGCUCAUGUCCCACUUUCCGAGAUCUCCCCCAACUCGACAUCGAGGAUGGUAUGA